CACUUGUCUCCACUCCACCUCAUAUACUGUAUGUAUGUAUGUAUGUAUGUACAGUAUAGUAAACAAAAAGGAAAGGAAAGGUUGUCCCUUUCCCUGCUCCUCUGCUCCUUUGCUCUGCUCCGUCUAGAUCCAUCAAACAAACAAAACUCUUGAUCCAUCACCAGCAGCAGGGGAGAUCCAUGGAUCGUCAACCAGUGGAGUGCGGGCUGGAGGAGGUGGAGCUGCGCGCUGUAGACCUGGAGGCCGAGGAGUCGAUCCUGACGGAGGAGCUGGCGGCGGCGUGCAGGGACCCUGGCGUGUUCCGGCUGGUCAACCAUGGCGUCCCCAGCAACCUCACCGCCCGCCUGUUGGCGCUGGCGCGCGGGCUGCUGGAGCUGGACGCGGCAACCAAGUCCCGGCUGCCCGGCUACUUCUGCGGCACGCCGGCGCUGGCGGCGCUCCCCGUCAAAGAGCCCAACUGGCUCGAGGGGCUCCACGUCGAGGCUGCCGGCGACACUUGUCUUUGUUCUCCAGACGGAGGCAGUGCCGUGGCGGAGUUCAUGGAGGCGGUGAGCGGUGAGUACGUGGCGCACAUGGCGCGGAUCGCCCGGAAGGUGUUCGACACCCUGGCCAGCGGCGAGCUGGGGCUGGACUCAGAGCAGCGGGCGACGUACCUGACGGAGCGCGGCUGCAUCUUCCGUGCGUACCGGUACCCGGCCGCCGCCGCGUCAGGGCAGGUGGGGAUGGAGGCGCACACGGACAGCUCGGUGCUGUCGAUCCUCAACCAGGACACGGUGGGCGGGCUGCAGGUGCUCUACCGUGGUUGUUGGCGCGCGGUGCGGCCGGUGGAAGGCGCGCUGGUGGUGAACGUGGGCGACAUGCUGCAGGCGAUGAGCGGCGACGCGUACCGGAGCCCGGAGCACCGGGUGGUGGCGCCGGCCGGGGCGGACAGGAUGUCGCUCUGCUACUUCGCGUUCCCGGAGGAGGAGGCCGUCAUCGUCGGUGGGCGAUGGCGGGGGCGAAGCAGCAGCGGUGGUGAGCAGAGAGAAACACGUCGGUACCAGGGGUUCAGCUACCGUGAGUUCCGGGAGCAGGUGCAGGCGGACGUCAAGGCCACCGGCUCCAAGGUCGGCCUCGCCAGAUUCCGCGUCGCCGUCGCCCAAUCAUAAUCAUUCCACUUUGAUGUUGCCGUCUGGUCUCUUCUUCUUUUCUUCUUCUUCUUAUCGUAUUUUAGAUAUAUAUGUUUGUAACCGGCCGAGAAGGCAUUUAUUCUAUAUAUAUUUUUGUCGUAUUUUAGAUAUA